AUGUCUUCCGCAUCAGUGUUCAACGGAUUGAACUUCUCUGAAUGGCAUGAACAAGUCCAGUUCCACUUAGGUAUGAUGGAUCUUGACUUGGCUCUGCUGAAAGAAAAACUUGCUGCUAUUACUGAUACGAGCAGUAAGGAUGAGAAGUCUUCCCAUAAAGCAUGGGAACACUUUAACAGAUUGAGCCUUAUGUUUAUGCGAAUGACUAUUGCCAACAACAUUAAAAGUACGAUUCCACAGACAGAAAGUGCCAGGGAAUACCUGAAGUUUAUGGAAGAACGUUUUCGUUCUGCUGAAAAGUCUCUCGCUGGUACACUAAUGGCUGAACUCACGACCAUGAAGUUUGAUGGGUCGCAUAGUAUGUAA